AUGUAUCAGUCUGGUCAUGCUACUCGUACAAUAUAUAAUUAUAAUGCAGUUGAUUGGGGUUAUUACUGUUACCAGAUUUCGCAACAACUACGGAAUAAUCCUAACGUUUAUAUGUUUGGUGUCUCCGUUGAUGCACGCUAUCAGGCUUUAUGUCGCUGUAUCUUAAAAGCAGCUGAACUUGCUAUUCCUUCUAAAGUUAUUACACUUCAUCAGCGUGAUAAACCGUGGUUUACUGAAAGUUUGCGAUGUCUUUACAGGAGGCGUAAUAGACUGUAUAGAACAUAUAAACAUACCCAGAACACCAAACAUAAUGCUCUCUAUCGUUCAGCAUCCAAAAUAUUUUUUACUCAGUGUGAAGACGAGAAAAAAGCGUAUUUUGCGAAACUUAAUAAUAUUCAAGUUAAUAAUAAAAACUGGUGGAAACUGUUAAAAGCUUCGAUGGGACGCAGAGCUACUGUUAACAUUCCUAGCUUACUAAACCCUCAAUCUCAAUGGGUACAUGAUAAUCUUGGUAAAGCAAAUCUUAUGAAUUCGUACUUUGCAUCAGUAUGUUUCAUGUCAUCCAUUGAUGAGAAUCGUACAUUUAAUUAUCCUUUACAUACAUCUACUAUUUCAAUUGAGAAUAUUUCAGUAUCUGAUUCUGAUAUAGAUAAAAUAAUUGGUGGUAUCAGCACUUCCAAGGCUUGUAGUCCUGGUAUUACAUGCGGAAUGCUGCGUGAGGCGAAACUUUUUAUAACUGAUAGUCUGAGAAGUAUUUGUCAACAGUCACUUGAUGACGGUGUUUUUCCUUCUAGUUUAAAGAUCGGACAUGUUACGAGCCUUUAUAAAUCCAAGGAGCACUGGCUGUCUUGUAAUUAUAGGCCGAUGACAUUGCUCCCUAUAAUGUCAAAAGUCUUUGAACGUAUUGUGUUUCGCGCGGUUUACACUCACUUGGUAAAAAAUAAUCUUCUUAAUAUGAUGCAAUCUGGCUUUCGCAAAUAUCACAGUACUGUGACCCAAUUAAUCGAAUUUGUACAUAAUAUUUAUCGGGAUCUUGAAAAUGGUGAUGAUUGUAUUGCUGUUUACUUAGACUUCAGCAAGGCUUUGGAUAAAGUUUGGCAUUCUGCUUUUCUGAACAAGUUGGAAAAAAAAGGAAUUCGAGGUGCCUUGUUACAGUGGUUUCGCAGUUAUUUAUCUGACAGAUCGAUCAUUACAGUCGUCAACGGUCAGACUUCUAAACCUGCAAAGAUAAAUCGUGGAGUUCCUCAAUGCUCUGUCUUGGGGCCUCUACUAUUUUUUGAUAUACAUUGA